AUGAGCGAUCAAGGAGAGGUUGAUACAAAGGAAAUAGAAACUGAGUACCAAGAGGCAGUUGGUGAGCAGGCAACUCCUGAACCAGCCGAAAAUGAAAAUCAAACAGAAAAUUCAGAAACUCCAAAAGAUGAUGAAACAAAACCAGAAGAAAACAACAAUGAAAACGCUCAACCAGAAGCAGAAAAGCCUGCUGAGGUUGAAGAAACACAAGAAAAGCAACCAGAACAAGAAAAUCAACAAGUUAAUCAAGAAAAUGAACCACCAAAAGAAGAAACUACCGAAAAUACACAAGCUGAGCAACCACAGGAAGAAACAAAACCAGAAGAAGAAAACAAAGAAAACGCAGAAAAUGAAAAUACAAAUAUCGAGGAAACAAAGCAAGAAACAGAAGAAACAAAUACACAAGAAGAACAACCAGCUGAAGAACAAAAGCCAGAAGAGAAAGUUGAAGAAAAUAUCGGAAAUACAGAAUCUGUAAAGGAAGAAGCAGAAAAACCUACUGAAGAAGCGAAACCAGAUGAAGAGCAGCCAGCUGAAGAAGUAAAGCCAGAAGAAAAUGUUGAAGAACAAAAAGAAAACGCUGAAGAACAAAAAUCUGAACAAAAUCCAACAGAAGAAGAACCAAAGCAAGAAGAACAGCCAGAAACCGAACAAAAACAAGAAGAAAAUACCGAAGAACAAAAAGAAAAUACAGAAGAACAAAAAUCCGAAGAAAAUACAACAGAAGAACAGCCAAAACAAGAGGAACAACCAGAAACUGAACAAAAACAAGAACAAACAGUUCCAGAAAAUACAGAAAACAACGAAAAUAAAGAAAAUACAGAAAAUGCUGAAGAACCAAAGCCAGAAGAAGAAAAACUUGAAGAACCCGAAGCUGAAGUAGUUGUUGAACGCGAUAUUAAAGAAGAACAAGCAGAAGAACCAAAAGAAAAUUCAGAAUCUCGGCCAGAAGAGAAGAAAGAAGAAUUCAACCCGUUUGGAACCACAGAAGAGAAACCAGUUGAAGAAAAGAAGGAAGAAGAGAAUGUUUUCGGUGGAUUUGUUGAUAAUGUCCCAGAAAAGAAAGAAGAGAAGAAAGAUUACUUCAAUCCAUUCGGAAAUACAGAAGAGAAACCAGAUGAAGAGAAGAAAGAGGAAGAAAACGUUUUCGGAGGAUUUGAAGAUAAUAUUCCAGAAAAGAAAGAAGAAAAGAAGGAAGAUUUCAACCCAUUUGGCACUACAGAAGAGAAGAAAGAGGAAAAGAAGGAAGAAGAGAACGUUUUUGGUGGAUUUGUCGAUAAUGUUCCAGAAAAGAAGGAAGAAAAGAAAGAUACUGACUUCAAUCCAGUCGGAACAACAGAAGAAAAACCUGCAGAAGAACCAAAGCCAGAAGAAAACGUUUUUGGUGGAUUUGAAGAUAAUAUUCCAGAAAAGAAAGAAGAAAAGAGCGAUUUCAAUCCAUUUGGUAACACAGAAGAGAAGAAAGAAGAAAAGAAAGAAGAAGAAAACGUUUUCGGAGGAUUCCAAGAUAAUAUUCCAGAAAAGAAAGAAGAGAAGAAGGAAGAAGGCUUCAAUCCAUUCGGUGUCAGCUUCGAAGACAAGCCAGCUGAGAAACAACAAGAAGAAAAGAAAGAUUCCGAUUUCAAUCCGUUUGGAGGCGGAUUCGUCGACCAACCAUCCGAAAAACCACAAGAAGAAGAGAAGAAAGAUGAUGGAUUCAACCCAUUUGGCGGAGAUUCCUCAUUCAAUCCGUUCGGAGCAAAUCAAGACAACUCUUUCAACCCAUUUGGAGGAGAUAGCCAGUCAUUUACUGUUGAUUUCAACUCAUUCACACCAGACGCACAAUCCCAGUCAUUCACAUUCGAUGCUGAUGAAGAUGAUUCAGCUCAAGAUGAAGAACUUUACCAAAAAUUCCUUACUUUGAUACAGAAUCCAUGUUUCGACUAUACAGGAAGACCUCUACAAGAACUGUUCCGUCACGAGGACCCAACAGAUACUCCUGAAGCUGCAUUCGCACUUCUUGUCGGAGAAAAGACCAAAUAA